AUGUCUGACACUGCGCAAUCUGGCCGCGCUGAAGAAGUGCAAAGCCUUCUGAAAGCAGUUGAGGGCCUGCUUAUUCCUUUCAUUCGGUCCGCGGACCAGGAUACCUCCGUAUCCUCUUCAAAGAAGAACGGCGCAAACGGCGCAAACGGAAUCAACGGGGCCAACGGACACACUGGAUUAGUGGGGAGCUCACUUGUAGACUACAAGAAGCCUGAAGAACUCAAGGAGAUUCUCCAACUAGAGAUACCCGAGAAGGGCACAAAACAGGAAGGCCUCAUUCAGGUUCUACAGAAGGUCCUGAAGUACUCGGUCAACACCUGGCACCAGGGUUUUUUGGACAAGCUUUACGCCUCAACUAAUGCCCCUGGUGUAGCUGCAGAACUCAUCCUUGCUACCUUGAACACCAAUGUUCAUGUUUAUCAGGUGUCACCCGCCUUAACAGUAAUUGAGAAAUAUACUGGUCAGCGGUUGGCAAACCUCUUCGGUUUGGACGGUCCCCGGGCUGGAGGAAUCUCUGUGCAAGGAGGGUCUGCUUCGAACACUACCUCCGUCGUCAUUGCGCGCAACAAUCUGUACCCGAAUACCAAGACGGAUGGUAAUGGAGGAUAUAAGUUUGUACUUUUCACCAGUGCUCAUGGUCACUACAGCGUUGAAAAGGCAGCCCAAAUGCUUGGAUUCGGUAGCAAUGCCGUAUGGCCUGUUCCUAUUGACAAUGUAGGCUGCAUGAUUCCAGCCGAGCUCGAGAAGUUAGUUCAGAGAGCCCAAAACGAAGGCCGGACACCGUUCUAUGUCAACGCAACCGCUGGUACAACCGUUAUGGGCUCUUUCGAUCCCUUUAAUGAGAUUGCAGCAAUUUGCCAGAAAUACAACCUUUGGUUCCACAUUGAUGGAUCGUGGGGUGGCUCGUUUGUCUUCUCUCAGAACCAAAAGCAUAAAUUGGCCGGUGCAGAGAAGGCAAAUAGUAUCGCCAUCAAUCCACACAAGAUGCUUGGUGUUCCUGUGACAUGCUCAUAUCUGCUUGCAGCAGACAUGCGUCAGUUCCACAAGGCCAACACCCUUCCAGCCGGAUACCUAUUCCACAACGACGAGCCAGCCACCAAUGGUGACGCAGGCGAACAAUCCGAGUUGGAAGUGGAAUCCCCGGAAGUGUGGGACCUGGCAGAUCUCACUCUUCAGUGCGGUCGACGCGCAGAUUCCCUGAAGUUGUUCUUGGGAUGGACAUACUACGGAAACGAAGGCUAUCAACAGCAGAUUGACUCGGCAUGCGAAAUUGCUGCACACCUGGCCAACACCAUCGACCAACAUCCCGACUUCGUUCUUAUCAGUGAAAACCCACCUCCAUGCCUGCAGGUGUGCUUCUACUAUGCUCCAGGCAAGGAGUUUGUGUACCCACGCGGUGUUGUUUCGAACGAGGCUCAACGCGCAAAGAACAAUAGCAAGGUCACUGAGCAGGUGACACAUGCAAUUGUGCCCAAGGGCUUCAUGGUGGACUUCGCGCCUCCUAGCGGAGACGAUAAUGCGGUUGGGAAUGGGAAAUUCUUCCGGUGUGUAGUCAACGUCCAGACGACCAAAGAGACCGUCGAUUCCCUUGUCCACGCCAUUGAAGAGGUGGGCCCUGGCAUUGUUGAGGGUUUGAAGGGAAACAACUCGGUCCUCCCGCAAAAGAGGCUAGGUGAACAUGGACAUGGGCCUGUUGUUCAUCAUGUUUGA